AUGACCGAUGCGGAUGCGAACCAGACGGCCAGGCUCACCCUGCCGAGAACACGCUCCAACUUUGCAACCCGCACAGCACGAGAUGAUAGUGAACGGUUGCACAGGCGCUCCUUCGUACAGCAUUCACCGCCACCCGAUGAGGAAACACCACUUCUGCCAGGCAGUGGACGCCAGCAUCCAGAUAAUGCCAACAUCCUGGAUGGCACUGAAGAGACAGGAAACACUCGAGAGGGUAUGAGCAGCUGGUUCUCAAGCUUCCUUCACACUUCGCGAUCCAUCUUGCGGAAGGAUCACAGUAAUGACAGCAAACGACAUGCAGUCAGCGAAACUGCCAAACCAAGGCCUGGUGCUUUCCCCAGACCCGUUGGAGGUACCGACAAACUAGGCACCUUUGCUGGAGUCUUCGUGCCCGUGACUCUCAACGUCUUAUCUAUUCUAAUGUUUCUACGAUUUGGCUUCCUCCUUGGUCAAGCUGGCUUAAUCGGUAUGAUGGGCAUGCUGUUAGCGGCCUAUGCCAUCAAUCUCCUGACGACAUUGAGUAUCUCUGCUGUUGCUACAAACGGCACAGUUAGAGGGGGUGGCGCAUAUUAUCUCAUUUCCAGAAGCUUGGGACCUGAGUUCGGUGGAUCGAUAGGUAUCGUCUACUAUCUUGGCUCAGUAUUUAAUACCUCCCUAAACGCUGUUGGUCUCAUCGACUGUCUCAUCGAAAACUUCGGCAGCCACGGAGGUGACAUGGCAGAAUGGCUCCCCCAAAGCUAUUGGUGGCAGUUCCUUUGGGCCACCUUAGUUCUAGCAGUUUGCACACUGAUCUGUCUUGCUGGAAGCGGACUCUUUGCCCGUUGCAGCAAUGGUCUGCUCCUUGUUCUGCUAGUUGCAACGAUCAGCAUCCCUCUUUCAGCUGUUGUUAGGCCUCCUUUCACAAAUCCGAAGGAGGAAAUUGUGUUCACAGGCCUCAGCAUGGACACUUUCCGUCAAAACUUGCUACCACACUUCACGCGAGGCGCCGCUGGAAGUGUUGGUCAUCACCGCGAAAAUUUCCAAGAUCUUUUUGGUAUUCUUUUCCCAGCCACAGGAGGCAUUCUUGCCGGCGCAAGCAUGAGUGGGGAUCUCAAACAUCCAAGCAAAGCCAUUCCAAAGGGGACACUAUAUGGUAUAGGUCUAACCUUCAUCCUGUACACACUCGUCAUAUUUGCGAUGGCGGCAUCGAUAGCACGCGAAACCUUCUACAACAACACAAAUGUCAUCCAGCUGACCAACAUCUCCGGCGCGGUCGUACUUGCUGGCGAGAUGGCAACAUCACUGUUCUCGGUGCUCAUGGGUGUUAUUGGCUCCGCCAAACUUCUCCAGGCUCUUGCUCGCGACCAUUUGAUCCCGGGACUUUCUCUCUUUGGUCAGGGAACAAAGAAAUCGGACGAGCCGAUCUACGCCAUCAUCAUCACUUUCAUCAUUGCCCAAAUCACAAUGUUUGCCGAUAUCAACCAAAUCGCUUCGUUCAUUACAAUGACGUAUCUCAUGACGUUUCUAGUCACCAACUUGGCCUGUUUCUUACUCAAGAUCGGAUCUGCUCCGAACUUCCGGCCCUCAUUUCACUAUUUCAAUUGGCCCACAGCUUUGAUUGGGACUGUCGCAUGCGGAGCGACCAUGUUCUUCGUCGACGGCUUCUAUGCAUCUGGCUGUGUAGCUCUGCUUAUGAUCAUCUUCCUGCUGAUUCACUAUACCACACCUCCUAAGCCAUGGGGUGAUGUCAGUCAAGGUCUCAUCUAUCACCAGGUGCGAAAAUACCUGCUGCGCCUACGCCAAGAGCAUGUCAAGUUCUGGAGACCCCAGAUCCUGCUUCUUGUCAAUGACCCGCGGCGACAGUACAAGCUGAUUCAAUUUUGCAAUUCGUUGAAAAAGGGAGGCCUUUUUGUCCUCGGGCAUGUCAUUGUCUCUAACGACUUUGGUGAAGCUGUGCCAGAGGCUAGACGACAGCAACAAUCUUGGACGAAAUACAUAGACUUUUCCAGGAUCAAAGCGUUUGUAAACAUCGCUAUAUCUCCUUCUGUAGAGUGGGGCGCUCGCAAUCUCGUACUCGGUGCAGGACUGGGUGGAAUGCGACCAAACAUAGUUGUCAUGGGCUUCUACAAUUUACCUGAGCUGAGGCAAGCGCAGCCUUCAAUUGGCAUACCUUCGCCGCAGCCAUCACGCCCGUCUAGCAAGGCUGCAAAUCAUCCUGUCUCCCGAAAAGCGAUUCAAGCAGCAGCCAGGCGACGCGUCACAGGAAAUACUCACAGUAUGCUUCCUACAGACGCCAUGAAGCCGGAGAGUGCAGUUGCCAUACGCAGCUACGUGACCGUAAUCGAAGAUCUGAUUCUGCGGUUGCAGGCAAACGUCGCUAUAGGCAAGGGUUUUCAAGAACUCGAAGUGCCACCUGCAAAGCCGACCGCAAAACAAAAAGCAUUCAGUUUCAUGGGUCUCAGCGAUAUCGAGAUCGAGGAUCCCUCAAAGAAGUACAUUGAUCUGUGGCCGAUACAGAUGUCAGCUGAGAUCGCUACCGCUGGCGACGAACCAGUUCGCAAAAAUGUGCUGACAACUAAUUUCGACACGUACACGCUGAUUCUCCAGCUCGGAUGUAUCUUACAUACGGUGCCUUCUUGGAAACGCAUGUACAAGUUGAGAGUCUGCGUCUUUGUUGAGUAUGAAACGGAUGUAGAAGAAGAGCGCGAUCGCGUCACGACACUGCUACGUAACCUGCGCAUUGAGGCUGAAGUACAUGUCUUCUGGUUAUCAUCUGGUGACUUGAGCAUGUACGAAGUCAUUAUCAACGGAAGAGACGAUGGUGAACUUGACCAGACUGGUCGUGAUAUCGACUAUUCGCUGGAAGACGAGCGCUGGUGGCAAGACAUCAAACGUCUGCGUCAACCCGAAAGCAUGAGCGCUAGUCAGGAAUUAGCACAGACUGUUGACAUCCUUGAAGCUGUCACCAACUGGCCUAUCGCCUCAUUUCAACAUGGCAGGCAAGAGACAAAUCCAAAGCGCUUCUCAGCACUACGGAAGAUGCUACGUAAGGCCAAAAGUAGGACGUCGGUCAGCAAUCUUGGCGAUGGGACGAGAAUCAAAAUACAAAGCCAAAGAAUACCUGUCGAGCUACUGGAUGAUAGCGAUAGCGACACUCAGCCAUCUUCAGCCGGCAGAGGGGAGGAUGAUGCCGAUGACGAAGCAAUGGCGUCAGAUAGUGAGGCUGUCGUCAGCGGCAGCAACUUUGACGAAUACGAUCUGGAUGCAUCGAGUGAUGAGAGCGAUCACAACGGGCAGAGGAUGUCUCCAAGAAGACGAAAGACGGCACCAAGUAGCUCUUUCUUCACCAGGCAGCUAGAUCUUCGCAAAACCAUGUGGAAGAGCUCGCGCAAAGACAGUAAUUCGCAAAAAGAUGAUAGGCCAACCACACAUUCUGUAACACCACUCAGGCCGCAUCCAGACGCCGCCGCCUCUGAUACGGCCGUGUUGCGUGCUAGAAAGCAAUCCAAAUCUCAGAGUAUAGCCAGUUCAUCCUCGCAACGCUCUGCGAAAUCCUUUGUCAAACCAUCUCCGAUACGCCGGCAAUCUCUACCAAAAUUCACGUCAAACCCGACUCCCCGGACGGCGAUCUCCUCAGAAGAAACAACUGGCCCGUCAAUAACAUUUGUCGACACGCCCAAGCCCAGCACAGCUGACAAACAAGACCCCAUCAUGACCUCCGGCGAACCCACCCAGCUCGCUGCAGACAACACGCCAGCCACAUCUAGUCCCCACUCGGCCGCUGCGUCAUCAUCAAACCUUGGGCCCACUGACACCGGUACCGCUUCCCCAGCAUCUGGUUUCCCCGCCCAACAAGCUAUUCCUCUUUCCUUCAACGACCUGCCUUGUCGCGCUCAACAUCUUAUCUUGAACGAGCUCAUACGCCAGCAUUCCGAGGAUACGGCUGUAGUGUUUACGACGCUACCCAGUCCAAUGGAGGGCACGUGCGAGAGUGAGGCUGAGAGUGUCAAGUAUAUUAGUGACCUGGAGGUGUUAUGUCAGGGGUUGCCACCUGUGCUGUUAGUACAUAGUAACAGUAUGACUGUUACUAUGAACCUGUAG